AGAAGAGAUAUAUCAAGCAUAAACACUUUCUUGAAUUUCUUGUGUUAUCCAAAAUAUGGAUAAGAAUCAAAAUGAAUUGAUUCUGUUCAGUUUCUUCUUCGGCUGUCUACUUGUCUUCCAAAAUGCUCUUGUCCAUACCUCGGCAUUGUCUGAACCCAAAGUUUACAUUGUGUAUAUGGGAGCGAGGCAGCAUGAUGAUGUAGACCUCAUCACUUCUACUCACCAUGAUAUGCUAGCUACAGUCCUCGGAAGCAAAGAAGCAGCAGCAGAUUCAAUGAUUUACAGCUACAGGCAUGGAUUUUCUGGUUUUGCAGCCAUGAUGACCAAGUCCCAUGCUCAAACCUUUCAAGACUUACCUGGCGUUGUUAAAGUCAUUCCUAAUUCCUUGUACAAGUUGCGAACUACCAGGAGUUGGGAUUAUCUUGGCCUAUCCUUGAACUCUGCCACCAAUCUCCUGCACGAUACUAAGAUGGGUGACGGUACCAUUGUUGCUGUUUUGGAUACAGGAGUGACACCAGAGAAUGAAGCCUACAAUGAUAGAGGACUAGGGCCAAUUCCUUCAAAGUGGAAGGGCUACUGUGAGUCUGGAGAGCAGUUCGAUCCGAAGAAGCAUUGCAAUAGAAAACUAAUUGGAGCUCGGUACUUCGUUGAUGGGUUCCUGGCUGAGAUAGGACAGCCUGGAAAUUUUACAGGAAUUGCUGACUACAUCUCUCCCAGGGACAUUAAGGGGCAUGGAACACACACUUCUAGUACUGCAGUUGGUUCACUCGUGUCAAAUGUGAGCUACAAAGGACUGGCAUUUGGAACAUUUAGGGGUGGUGCACCUCGUGCAAGGCUCGCUAUUUACAAGAUCGGGUGGGAAGGUGGCAUCAUCAUGGGUGCUGAUACUCUCAAGGCCUUUGAUGAAGCCAUUCAUGACGGAGUUGAUGUUAUAUCUGCUUCUUUUGGGGCAAAUGUGCCUUUAAGUGCUGAAGUAGACCCUAACGAUUCACUCCACUUUGGUUCUUUUCAUGCUGUUGCACAUGGGAUCACUGUUGUUGCUGCAGGAGGGAACGAAGGGCCUGCUGCUCAAACCGUGUCUGGUGCGGAUCCAUGGAUUUUAACAGUUGCUGCUACUACACCUGACAGAGAAUUCCCUACCCCAAUCACACUAGGAAAUGGUCAAACCUUGAUGGGUCAAUCGUUGUUCACAGGGAAAGACACAGGCGUUGUAAACUUAUACCCUACUGACCCAAAAAUAGUAGUGUUUUGUGACAAACUAACUCCAGAAAUUAUAUCUCCAAAUGAUACUCAUGCGUUAGAUGGAAUAGUGGUGUUGUGUUUUACUGGAAAGCAUGGCUUAGAUCUUGAUGUAGCUGGCAUUGUAGGGGAAGCUCGAGCCGUUGUGAGAGAACUUGGUGGUUCGGGAAUUAUUGUGUCACAGAAGUCAUUUACAGCACUAGAUGCAUACAAUGAUGAUUUCCCUAGUGUACAAGUUGAUUACGAGGUUGGAACUAAGAUACUUCUUUACGCCCGCUCCACAAGAAAUCCGAAGGUGCAGUUAAGUCCAUCCAAAACUCGGAUCGGUAAGCCACUAUCCAGUGUUAUAGCAAAGUAUUCAUCACGCGGCCCUUAUACUAUAGCCCCAGCAAUACUUAAGCCAGAUAUAGCGGCACCAGGAACAAAUAUAUUAGCAGCAUAUAUUCCUAGUGAUCCUGCUGUGCGAAUUAGUACGUAUAACUUUAUCAGCGGAACAUCUAUGGCAACACCACAUGUGGCAGGAAUAGUUGCACUACUCAAAGCUGCCCACCCAGAUUGGUCUCCAGCUGUUAUAAAAUCUGCAAUUGUCACAACAGCAUGGACAACUGACCGAUCGUCUGGAGAACCUAUAUUUAAUGAAGGAGAGACAAUUAGUAAGUUGGCAGAUGCAUUUGACUAUGGGGGAGGGAUCAUAAAUCCUAAUAGAGCAAGAAAACCCGGCCUCGUUUAUGAUAUGAGCACAACAGAUUAUGUUAACUGUCUUUGUGCCAUGGGAUAUAGCAGCAAAGCCAUUAGUAUAAUUGCAGGACAAACCACAUCUUGCCACAAGGGCUUUUCCAUUUUGGAUGUGAACUUUCCUUCGAUAACCAUACCAGAUUUAAAACGCCCAAUCACUCUCACAAGAACUGUGACAAAUGUUGGACCUGAAAAUUCUACAUACAAAGUUAUGGUUGAACCUCCAAAAGGAAUAAUUGUUGUUGUAAAGCCAAGUACACUAAACUUCAGUCCUAAUGUGAAGAAGAUCUCCUUCAACGUAACAAUUUCAACGUGCCAUGGUUUCAACACAGGAUUCUAUUUUGGGAGCUUAAUUUGGAAUGAUGGGGUGCAUAAUGUGAGAAUUCCUAUAUCUGUCAAGACUAAGUAUUAAGAAUCUUAAAUUGGUGCUUGUUAAGAUUGUUUUAAGAAUAAAUAAGCAUUAAGUUAUUUGCAUUGUA